UAUACCUCUUCCGCGCCGGCCUUAAAAUGGCCGUCUGCUGGCGUCUCUGGCGCUGUUGAAUGGAGAAAGCUUUAUUGUUCCCUUCGGGCAGGAGUGUUCGUGUCCUUUAUGGCGCUGUCAAUAAAGAACCGCAGUUUGAAUCGGUGCUGAACAGAGAGGCAGUGGAUUUUUAAGAAUAUAGACCUCAGAGCCAGACUGCCUGAAUUUGGAGCCCAGGUCUGCUACACACUAGUUGUGUGACCUUAGGAUCUAGUGCUGAUCCUCACAAAGUGAUUCUGGAAGAAGAGAGGAAAGGAAGUCCUCAGACAGAGCUGCUGCGAUGGAGCUCCCCAACUAUAGCCGGCAGCUGCUGCAGCAGCUCUACACGCUGUGCAAGGAGCAGCAGUUCUGUGACUGCACCAUUUCCAUUGGUACCAUUUACUUCAGGGCCCACAAACUUGUCCUGGCUGCUGCCAGCCUCCUGUUCAAAACCCUGCUGGACAACACAGACACCAUCUCCAUCGAUGCAUCUGUUGUGAGCCCUGAGGAGUUUGCCCUCUUGUUAGAAAUGAUGUACACUGGCAAACUACCUGUGGGCAAGCACAACUUCUCCAAAAUCAUCUCCUUAGCCGACAGCCUACAGAUGUUUGAUGUGGCUGUUAGUUGUAAAAAUCUUCUAACUAGCCUUGUAAACUGCUCUGUUCAGGGUCAGGUGGUGAGAGAUGUCUCCACACCAUCCUCAGAGUCAUCCAGGAAGGAGCUGGAGAAGCCUGAAGUAGAAAUCCUCUCCUCCGAGGGUGCUGGAGAGCUUCAUUCUUCCCCGGAGGUUGCCACCCCUCCAGGGGGCCCUGUGAAAGCCGAGAUGGGGGAAGUGAUCCAAACAGUUGUGCAAGAGAUGAGUGUGGAUCCUUCCGCUGCGCAGGGGAUUCAGGGGAAUGCAGACACCCCAGUGGAGACUCCUCUGACAGCUGAAGUUUUUUCCGCUUCUCCAGUUGUACAAACCUUUAGUGAGGCAAAGGAAGCAAGCCCAGAACCAGAGUAUGAGGGGAAACAUUACCAGCUGAAUUUUCUUCUAGAAAAUGAAAAAAUCUUCUCAGAUGCACUCUUGAUUACCAAGGAUGUUUUAAAAAGACUAGAAGAAUGUUCAGAAAUUAGAGGUGCACAGAAGGAGACCAUAAUGGGAUGCCUUGUGGGUGAAGAAGGACAGUCAGCAUUCCAGAGGAUCCUGGAUAAAGUAAGAAGUGAGAGCCUGGAUGUUCGGACUGUGGUGUCCCUGUUGAGGCUGUUCCAAGAUUCUAAUCCCGCGGUAAAGACAGCACUGUUAGACAGACAGCCAGAGGCUGUAGAAGCAGUACAGCCAACAGGGAGCACAGAGGAGGGAAAGACCUUGUCUGUUCUGUUACUAGAACACAAAGAGGACCUGAUCCGGUGUGUAACACAGCUGAGACCUAUUUUGGAGUUCCUGGAAACAGGCGAGGAGGAAUUCCUGACUGGCUCUGAGAAAAGGGUGAUUCUGAAUUGCUGUGAGGGUGGAACACCCAAGGAGACAAUAGAAAAUUUGUUGCACAGAAUGGCUGAAGAGAAGACCCUGAGCGCUGAGAGUUUGGUAAAACUCCUUCAGGCUGUGAAGAUGACGUUCCCAAACUUGGGCCUUCUGCUGGAGAAUUUGCAGAAAUUAGCUGCUUUGCCGAGCACCACAGACCAAGCAAGCCCUGAUGAUUAUGGGAUUGAACUGUUGAGGCGGUAUCAUGAAAACCUCUCAGAGAUUUUCACAGACAACCAGAUGUUACAAAAAAUGAUCCCACAUGUGAAGAGUUUAGCCCCUGGAGAAAGAGAGGUCAUGGAGAAGCUUGUGAAACGUGACUCUGGUUCAGGUGGUUUCAGUUCUCUGAUAUCAGCAGUUCUAGAAGAGCAGACUCUCUCUGCAGCAGCCAUUUGGCAACUGCUGCUGGUGGCUCAGGAGACAAAGGCCUGCCCGUUGAACCUGCUCACGGAGGAAAUACGGAGGGAGCCUGGCGCAGACGCUUUCUUCCAGGCAGUGAUGACUCCAGAAAGUGCUGCCUUCGAAACCAUCCUGAGGCAUCACAGGUUGAUCCUAGAGGCCAUCCAGCAAAGGGCUGAACUCAAGUGCUUGGCCUCAGAGGAAGAGCGCCUGGCAGAGACUGUGAAAGAGAUUCUGAGCAUUUCCUCUGAGACAGCCAGCCCUGAAGCUUCCCUGAGAGCAUUGCUGAGCAGAGCCAUGGAAAAAUCCAUCUCGGCCAUUGAAAUAUGUCAGCUCCUGUGCAGCAUCCACAGAUCCUUCCCAGGCCUGCAACCUGUCAUGCAGGAGUUGGCGUAUGCCGGUUUCCUUACUCAGGAAAAGGGAGAGAAGGAAAGGUGGAUGGUGAGUAAGAAAUUUCACCUUGAAGCCAAGGACAAAGCAGAUGAAAAGGCAGCUGAGCCAACUGAAGAAAACUGCCAGCCUGGGAAACAGAACGGUCAAGGAGAGGCUGGUUCCUUGCCAGAACAACAAGAGAAAGAUACUUCUGCCUCCCCAGACUCUGCCAAGAAGAGCUUCGUCUGUAAGGCCUGCGACAAGAGCUUCCAUUUCUACUGCCGCCUCAAGGUGCACAUGAAGCGCUGUCGGGUGGCCAAGAGCAAACAGGUGCAGUGUAAGGAGUGCAACGAGACCAAGGACUCUAAGAAAGAGCUGGAGAAACAUCAGCUGGAGGCCCAUGGUACAGGUGGAGAGCCUGACGUCCCCAAGAAGAAGAAGAAGAGGCUUCCAGUGACGUGUGACCUCUGUGGAAGAGAAUUUGCUCAUGCCUCAGGCAUGCAGUACCACAAACUGACUGAGCAUUUUGACGAGAAGCCGUUCUCCUGUGAAGAGUGUGGGGCCAAGUUUGCGGCCAAUUCCACCCUGAAGAACCACCUUCGCCUUCACACUGGGGACCGUCCGUUCAUGUGCAAGCACUGCCUCAUGACCUUCACCCAGGCCUCUGCCCUGGCCUACCACACCAAGAAGAAGCACUCAGAAGGGAAAAUGUAUGCGUGCCAGUACUGUGAUGCUGUGUUUGCCCAGUCCAUUGAGCUGUCCCGCCACGUGAGGACCCACACCGGGGACAAGCCAUAUGUCUGCAGAGAUUGUGGCAAGGGCUUCCGGCAAGCCAAUGGCCUCUCCAUCCACCUGCACACCUUUCACAACAUAGAAGAUCCGUAUGACUGCAAGAAAUGCAGGAUGAGCUUCCCCACUCUGCAGGAUCACCGAAAGCACAUCCACGAGGUGCACUCCAAGGAGUACCACCCCUGCCCCACGUGUGGGAAGAUCUUCAGCGCCCCUUCGAUGCUGGAGCGGCACAUGGUGACCCACGUCGGAGGGAAGCCCUUCAGCUGUGGGAUCUGCAACAAGGCCUACCAGCAAUUGUCUGGUUUGUGGUACCACAAUCGGACCCACCACCCUGACGUGUUUGCUGCUCAGAACCAUCGAUCUUCCAAGUUCUCGUCACUCCAGUGCAGCUCCUGUGACAAAACCUUUCCCAACACCAUUGAACACAAGAAGCACAUCAAAGCAGAGCAUGCAGAUAUGAAGUUCCAUGAAUGUGACCAGUGCAAGGAGCUCUUCCCCACGCCAGCUUUGCUGCAGGUUCACAUCAAGUGCCAGCAUUCAGGGUCGCAGCCGUUCCGAUGUCUGUACUGUGCAGCCACUUUCCGCUUUCCUGGGGCGCUGCAGCACCACGUCACCACUGAGCACUUCAAGCAGUCAGAGAGCACCUUCCCCUGUGAGCUCUGCGGGGAGCUCUUCACCUCCCAGGCCCAGCUGGACUGUCACUUGGAGUCUGAACACCCGAAGGUGACGGGCACUGAAAGCCAAGCGGCUGCCUCACAGAUGGUGCAGGUGAUCCAAACCCCAGAGCCGGUGGCCCAGACGGAGCAGGUGAUCACUUUGGAGGAGACCCAGCUUGCUGGUUCGCAGGUGUUUGUGACAUUGCCAGAUUCACAGACAUCCCAGACCAGCUCUGAGCUUGUGGCAGUGACCGUGGAGGACUUGCUAGACGGUACCGUGACCCUGAUCUGUGGGGAGGCCAAGUGAGUGGCUGCUCAUCGUGGAGGGUCCUACGUUUGCAGUAGAGAGAAUGUUCCACGCUUGCCUUUUGCCCUUCCUCCCUCGAUGUCCUGAGUAUUGAGCAUCUUAGCUCAGCACCAGCCUAAGUGGUCUCACUUGGGAAACGGACAGAAGCAUCAUGGUUCCCAUAAAACCAAGUCUGAGUCAUCAGCACCAACGCGACCGCCCUCCGUAGCAGGCAGGCCUGUUCCUCACAGGCCUGCUGCUGUGGCCUCUCUGGCACUGUCCAUCCCCAAGUGGAGUAUAGCUUCUGAAAUAGAGCCUGAAAGAGCAGUGGGAUAAGAGCUGGUGACCAGAGUAAGCAGAGUGGUGUGAUGUGCUGGCAGCCCUCAGCAUGCAGAGCAGCAGUUCCGUGCAGGACAGUGGCCCACAGAGCGGGGCUGCAGGCGCUGCCAGUGCUUUCUGGCCAUUUAAAAAUGAGAGAAAAGCACCAUCAGACCAUCUGGGGAUUCCCAGCCUUGAACACACUCAGCCCCUUCCUCACGUCUGGCGUCCUUCCAGCCUCCCCUUACGGUGGCAGUAGGCCAGGUAGCAGCAUGCUGACACAGGAAGGCUUAAUGUCCACGCUGAGUCCCACCUUGUCAGUUUAGUCAGCCAUCCCCAAAACGAAGCCUUUGGAGUGUUUCUUCUGGGAGUGUUCAGUGUGAGGCCAUCGAGCUGCAAACCGUCUCUGCCUUUCCAGGAAACUCUUCAUGGUGUUCUGCACCUCAGGCUGGUUCCCACAGCUUUUCUGUGGUGUCCUCAAUCCCCUUUCCCUAAUCAGAGCGUAAAGCUUCUACCCAACCUGGAGGCCUCGUCCCCUCGCUGAGGAGCGCGUGAUACAUGUAACGUAGCAAUGAACCAGCUCCAGGUG